AUGAAUAUAAUUCUCAGCAAAUCUGUUUAUUUUCUAAUUCUCCUACUCAUUUGGUUCUCAGGUUUUGAACUUGGCUUUGCUAUGGCCAGUCCGAACGCCCUCGUAUGCUGGGAAGCCCAGUUUGGUGAUUUCCACAACACAGCACAGUGUAUAAUAGACCAGUUCAUCAGCUCUGGCCAGGCCAAAUGGGUUCGUCACAACGGGAUUGUCCUGCUCCUGCCACAUGGAAUGGAAGGAAUGGGUCCAGAGCAUUCAUCAGCCAGACCUGAGAGAUUUCUGCAGAUGAGCAAUGAUGAUUCUGAUGCCUAUCCAGAAUUUAGUGAGCAGUUUGAAGUUUCCCAGCUGUAUGAAUGCAACUGGAUUGUGGUGAAUUGCUCAACUCCAGCCAAUUACUUUCACGUCCUCCGAAGACAGAUCUUGCUGCCAUUCAGAAAACCGCUGAUUGUUUUGACACCCAAGUCACUGCUGAGACAUCCAGAAGCUAAGUCCAGUUUUGAUGAAAUGGUGUCUGGUACCACUUUCCAACGCGUGAUUCCUGAGAACGGGCUGGCAGCUCAGGCACCACAUGAGGUCAAGCGAGUGAUUUUCUGCACAGGAAAAGUAUACUAUGAUCUUGUGAAAGAGAGAAAGAAUCAAGACCUGGAGAAACAAGUAGCUAUAACCAGACUUGAACAGAUCUCACCAUUCCCCUUUGACUUGCUGAAAGAAGAACUUGACAAGUAUCCAAGUGCUGAUCUAGUUUGGUGUCAGGAGGAGCACAAAAACAGUGGAUAUUAUGAUUACGUCAAACCUCGUUUCCGCACUAUUGUGAACCACACUCGACCUAUCUGGUAUGUUGGCCGAGAGCCUGCUGCUGCAGCUGCCACAGGCAACAAGAACAUGCAUCUGGUGUCACUCAGAAGGUUCUUGGAUACAGCUUUCAACCUGGAGGCCUUCGAGGGAAAGACGUUCUAACUGCAGGGCACGACCUGUCUCUCAAAUGACUGCAUUCGAAAGAGGAAACAAAAGUGGGGGAAAUACUGGAAAUUGUGUAUUUUUGCUUUACCAGAUAAAAAGAUCCAAUGGCUGACUUCA